AUGAAUGCGAUCAUGAAAACUAUAAAUCGUCACUCUGCAAAAGAAUGGAUAAAUUAUUUCUGUUCCACCCAUUUUUGGGGUCCUGUUGCUAAUUGGGGUAUUCCAAUCGCUGCUUUGGCAGAUUUGAAGAAAAAUCCCGAUUUGAUUUCAGGUCCAAUGACCACUGCCUUGUGUAUCUACUCAGCAGUUUUUAUGCGAUUUGCAUGUCGUGUUGAACCGCGCAAUAUGCUUCUUUUCUCGUGCCAUUUCGCAAACAUCACUUUACAACUGAUGCAGGUAACAAAUCUUUAUAAAAAAGAUGAACUAGCUUGUAAUUAUAAGAAGGAGAAGAAUGAAGCGAAAUAUUUCUCCAUAUCUGGAAUGUUUCUGACAAUAGCAUUAUCGUUUCUCGUUAUUUGGUCGUCAGCAAUUCAUGCUGCUCAAGUGGUAACAAGCGCUUCUACUAUACGGCAACGGGAUCCGGAAGAAUUCUGGAUUUCUGCCAAUUUGUUAAAUGUUGAGUGGAAGCUAGCUUGUCUCACAGUCACUUACUGUAAUCAGCCGGAACUGAAAAUGAUUAAAAGAAAUUCGGUAAACGAAGAGAAAAGCUCAUUCAGUUGGCAGUUAGAUCAAAAUUUUGAGCAGUUAUCCAACAGUGUUUUCAUCAGCCAUUGGAGUGAAGGAUCUCCUAUGGAUAUUGAAAUGAGUAUUGAAAUUAUUGGUAUUGAUCCAAAGUAUCGAUUUCAACGCAGCUGUGAUCAAACUGCUGCAACAAAAGCUUUCAAAUAUGAAGCACAGGACGAACAUUUUGAAAAUUCAGGUGGAGCAAAUGGUAGCGAACUUGAUGAGAUGAUUGUUGAACUGCAAGGCCGAUGCUUCAACGCUUCCUUAACAGUUCAAAAGCACAUUGGACGUUGUCCAUGGUGUGCUAAAUUUAAAACAACUACAAUCGCUACUACCACUAAGUCAUAUGAAAAUGGUUUUUCUGCGAUUAAACAGUACGAUUUGUUAGUGAUAAUCUGCAUCAUCACAUCCUGUCUAAUAAUUAUCUGUCCUCUGCUAUGCAUUUUUAAUCAGUACUGGAAAUUUGGGAAAUUAUCAACGCGGAAAGCACCAAUAUUACCUGUCGUCCAGUCAAAAAGUUGGAAAAUCAUGAAAUUUCGUGGAAACGAUCAUUUCAUCACAAAUUCGAUGAGCGAAAGUAAAAAUAGCAAUAGCAGUGGCGGUAGUAGUAGCAGGAUCAGUUUGAAACAUAAAUCAUUAAUUAAUAGUACCGGUGGUCAGAGUUCUGCUAAUUCGGAUACGGUAAUCGAAAGUGACUGUUCAUCAUCUGUAAUUUCGCAAGGAAUGGCAAAUAUGAUGAUUGAUAAUAUGACGGAUACCGUUAGUAAAAGAAUUGAAGAUGACAAUAUGAAGGGUAAAUCUGAGAAGGAAGACGGUAGUGAGAAAAGCAUUUCAAGCAACGAAGAUUUCGAAAUUAUUGGCAGUCAUGCGCGAAUAUCCAAACAUGCAGCGACUGAUGAUGGGAAGUCGAAUGAUCCACUUACUGAUUUAUUUAAAAAACAUAUCGUGAAAAAACGUGUGCCAAAAUUAUCUUAUAAUUUGCAACAAGAACGAGAAGUUGAAUCAGCGAUGUUAACAUGCGCUAAAAAGGUCAAUGGUAGACAGGAGAGUAAUCUUGAGGAAAAUGAACAUCAUGAUGAGACACUGGAAGAAACAAUUAUCAGACAACAGCAAACAAUCGAGAAAUUGGAAAAUCAACUUAAGUUCGUGAUUAUGGACUGGAAGAAAAAUGACCGAGGAAUAGCGCAACAGCAUCUUCAUCUGGCAUUCAAACAAAGUAAUUCCAGUAUCUACAUUUACGAUCACGGUCCAUCAUCUGGAAAAUAUUUCACCUUCGGCGAUCGAAUAAUUGAUAUUGAUGGGAUUACAUUUAUCAAAGCUGUUGAUUUAAGAGAUCGAAUUUUAUGGUCGCGUCAUAACAAAGAUCAUUUCACGAGUAUCGUCGAACGUCCUGCAACGGAACAAGCAUUACAUACUGUAUCAACACUCUUGCAGCCAUCCCUAUCUUCAUUUUCUGUUAUACUGAAAGCUUGA